AUGGGCGACGCCGUCUCCAUGAGCGUGGUCAUCCCCAGGCCCGGGCGGGCGGCGACGGGGGAGAAUUGCUACGACGACGACGGCUACGAGGACGGUGGUUGGAGGAUGGGCAGAGUCGGAGAUUGGGGAAAGAGGAGAGUGGCGAAGCAGAGUUUUCAUCCGUCCAAAUUUCAAUUUUUAUUAUAUUUUGUUAAUUGA